GGUCUACUUUGAAUGAUGUAGUGUACCGUAGAGUAUACGGAACGAAAAUUAUCAACUUUACGUGUAUUGAAUUUCAAUCUUGUGAAUGACAAAACAGUUUAUGGAAAGGUAUUUAGUCGACAUCAAACAGUUCGUAGACUUUGGAACGCAUGAUUGUGGGUUGGUUAUACCGUCAGCUGAAGGGUGCAGAUUAUUCGCUUCUGUUCGCCAAUAUUAGAAACCAGACGUUGUUCUUGGAGCAUCACACGAAAUCGUCUUCCUGCACAAGUGUUUGCCUUCGGACAUGCGUACGGACGGACAUUAAGACCUAAGCUUGAGUUCAGUGGUUAUGGUAAGCUAUGGACAGUCCCGCUAACAACAUUCUAGCCCACUCCGGACUGUCACUCUACCCCAACCCCAUCAGCUCCAGCGUAUCGGGGCUACUUCCGGCAUCACCUACACAAGACUCCAGCCCGCGCCUCGCCGGAAACAGUUGGAACUCCCCCUACGCCGGUGACAGUGCGUCCGCCCUCGCCGUGCACAACUCGUGCUCCAUGGCGUCCUACGGGAAUCUGCCCAUCGGGGCGAGUUUUGGUAUGAACAGUAAGGCCGCCGCCUAUGGCUCAUUCGGCGGAAGUUCAGCGGACAAUCUAUACUGUCGCCAAAUGGUGCAUAAUCCAUUGAACGCGAUGUCAAUGCCGCGUAAUUAUCCUUCAAUAUACGGGGACAAUCUCAUGUACCAAAGUCAUACCGGAUAUGCAAACAGUGGCUACUUCCCCGACAUGACCCCGGGGAUCCCACCCUUCGCCGGCCGGGAUUUGGACUGCCGACAACCACCGACAGACUCAAACGAUGGAGAAUCGAAGGGGAGAAAGAAACGAAAGCCAUACACCAGAUAUCAAACCAUGGUUUUAGAAAACGAGUUUUUGAACAGUUCAUGUAUAACCAGACAAAAACGCUGGGAAAUCUCGUGUAAAUUGCAACUUACAGAACGUCAAGUUAAAGUUUGGUUUCAAAAUAGACGCAUGAAACGGAAGAAGCUGAAUGAGCGAGCUAAAAAUAGAAUCCGCGAGGAAACAGACAUUAAGGAUGUGCCCCAACUACCGCAGCAGGCCCAUAGUCAACAUCCGCAACAUUCUGCGCUCUCUGCGCAUACGCAUGCGCAUGCGCACUCACAUUCUGCGCUUGUGCAGCAGCACUUACAAGCCUGAUGAUUGGUUAACUAUUUAUAGAUUGAAAUUUCCUUCGUGGGCCGUUUCAAAACACUGUUUUGUCGGUUAUAUGUUAAAGGUCGGUUUCCUAGCAAGGACUAGUCACAGAGCUUUUACGGAGCAGACGAUCUUUGGACGGAAGCGGUGCUAAUGGCGGCGACUUUAGUUAUUAAGUAAAAUAGUGUUACAUAUUAACAAUUACUUGAAGACUGUAUAAUAUCAAGGUGGUAUGUAACCUAUAUUGGCUGUAUAAUGACCGUAAUAGAAACAUAAGCUUACACGUGCACGUAAAUGUGACAUGUAAUUGACAUGUUAGGAAACGUUUUGAAAUUGCCAGUAGCGGAGAUCUCGUGCUGUCACGUGCAAUCACGUGAAUUGCACCGACUUUGAUGCAACUUUGCUCACAUAACUAGAGCAUAAUGUCCCAAGGGUUCUUUAUCUGGCUUGGCCCAGAUGCCCUUACAAUUUAUCAUAAUUUACGCGAUGUUGUUUAAUUCCAUAGGUUAUUUAAUAUUGUGUAUAUAUUUUCAAUGUGACGUCAUAUUGUGCAUUUGUGAUGAAAUAUUUAAUACGUGAAAAAGUGCUAAUGUGGACAUGUUUGGUAUGCUUAUAUCUAGCUUUUGUCUUGAAAUGUUUUGUAUCCAUUUCUCAGCAUACCCAAAAUUGUCUUGCCAGGAAAAAUUGACGCCAUGUAUGAACUUGAUGAAUAUUGUUGCAAUAGUAACCAAAAACACUCUCUAAGACAAAUUGUUUUAGCUCUUUAUAGAUUUUGAAUUAUCUUGAUAUUGUUUUGAAUUUACAAUGGAAAUUAUUUUUCAUUUAUAGUUUUUUAAACAAAAUAAAGUCAUGUUCUUUCACACUAAGAGUACAAAUGCUAGAACUACCUAUUCAGUUUUUUCCUCAUAUCAAGAGUAAUUCAUCAAUUUGUCACAUCGGCGUUUCCUCCAAAUUGUUUAAGUUCAAAACCUUAAAUUAUAUAUCCUUGUAACGUAUGAAUAUGUAUAAUGCAUAGAUUUAAUCUUCAUUAAAAUAAAUUGUAUAUUUAGAAUAGAGAAGUGACCGUCAUGCUGUAUGUGUGACGCGCUUUUUUUACCAAACAGUAUACAUUAUGAUCUGAAUGCUAUUUGUUUGACUGUUUUACCUCGACGCGUUGUUUGUUUGUUGGUGUAAUAUGAAGAUAUUUUGUAUUGUUCAAAACAUAGAUCAUCAUUGAUGUCAUUGUUCCAAAUAAACAAAAUAGAUUUGCAAA